CGCAAGUGAACAAAUAAACAUCCCGUCUCAGGAUCACACAUUCUCUAGAGUUCUGCCUUGCGCCCUCAAGUGUUCCGAUGCAAGUAUCCGAUACCGACUUCGCCCCAGUCAAGGGUUAGUUGAAAUACCUGCAAACACUUCUCUACUGUCCAAGGAAGCCUUGAUCUUGAACCCGAAAAUGUACAACCCGCCCUACCAAGCAUCAGGGCAGUAUGGCGCGCCGGGAGACUAUGCAAACUUCCCCGGCGCACCGCCUGGAAUGGGUAAAUCGCCCUCGAGUGCGAGGAUCAAUCACAACUACAAUACUGACAAGUUUUUGCCAGGUCCUCCUCCUGGUAUGGCACCUCCGGGCAUGGGCGCUCCCCCCGGAAUGCAGCAGCAAGAGGCUCACCAACCAGGCAGACCUGGCUCCUUUCCUCCAAAUUUCCAGCCACCGCCUAACAUGCCCAAUAUCAACUUCUCCGCGCCUGUCAUUCGCCUGGGAACCUCUGGACCCUCCAAACCCGAUGCCGCCGGUGGUCGUGAGGAUCGAGAAAGAGGCGGACGAAGACCUGGUCUAGGGGCUGGCGCGAGCUCGGAUUUCCGUGGAGAGAGAGACCGGAUUACACAAAUUCAACCACCUACGAAGGAGGAAAUCAUAAAGACAAUUUACGUCGGUGGCAUUACCGAGGGAGCUGGAGGCGAUGAAGGCAUCGAAAGGAUAUUGAACGCAGCAGGAAGUCUACGGAGAUGGGUCCGUGCCACGGAUGCCGAUGGCAAGCCUUGCAAGUUUGGUUUUGCAGAGUACGAAGACCCCGAAAGCCUCAGUACUGCCAUAGAAGUACUAAGGGAUAUUGAGGUUCCUGUCAAGCGGCAGACUCCAGCUGAGGCGAAGGCGAACGAGGAUGUCGAGAUCGAAAUGUCUAAACUAGUGGUUGUCGCCGAUGACAAUUCGCGAAGCUACAUUGAGCAGUGGCAAGAAUCCCAGGGUGGAAAGGAUACGGAUCAAGUAGAAAUGCGACUUGAUCAUGCCCGAAGUGCGCUGGAUGCCGUCCUCAACGAUCUUCGCAAACCCGCAGUUCCAGCACAGAAAGACGAAAUGUCAAACAUUGAUCGAGAAGGCGAUGUCAACAUGAUGGACGGAACACAGACAGAUGGUGCGACUGGAGAAGUGGUCACCAUUCCCAUUGCCAUUGAUGAUGAAUUGUCCGAUAUUCCGGCAGAGAUGCGCGAGACUGUAGCGAAAGAAAUCGCAGCAUUCCGGGAUCGGAGUAAUCGUCGCGAUCUGGAGCGCAUGAAACGCGAAGAAGAGAUAGAACAACAAGAACGGACCCGCAUGAUGAAUGGCGACCGUUUCAACCGCCUCGCUUCCCCACCUCCUUCAGCACCUGCAGGACCUGCCGGCACGAACGGCAUACCGGUUGGCCCAAGAGGGGCGCCUGCCGGACCAAAAGGCUUUGGCGUGCAAAUUCCACGAGAAUACCAAAAAGGUGUUGUGCUGGUCAACGGGACGGCAAUCAAUGGAGCUUCUGCAUUCGAAGACGAAGACACAGACGCCAGCGACGAGGAGCUCGAACGACGGCGCAAGGAAAAGAGAGAUGCCGAACUGGAGAAGCAAUUCCUGGAUCAGGAGCGCCGAUGGCUGAACCGGGAGAGAUCACGGACAGAAGCUGUUGAACGUGUAAAGAAGCGCGAGAAGGACGAAGCAGGCCGCGUGGAAGAGGAGAAGGAAGCUAUGCGCAAACGAUUGCAUGAUUGGAACGACGACACCGAGGCUUCCCGUAAGACCGAGGAGUACUACGCCGACCGGAGCAUAUGGAUCCGGAACCGGGCGAGCUUUCGCCAGCGCGAAAUCGCAAAUGACGAUGCAGAUCGCGCGGCAGAACAGCGAGAGCGAGCCCGGGAACUACACCAGCGUGAACGAGUGGAUGCCAUGACAGACGAUUUCCUCAUUCGGCAAGAACGAGAUAUGCUCAACAAGGAACAAGAUCGGGAGGAGGAAGAGCGCGCACAGGCUUCGCGGCGCGAACCCGCCCGCUUCAAGUUGUCCCUGGGAGCUGCGGCACAGAAAGCCGCAGCACAGAGUGCCUCCCAAGUUUCGAAACGUACUGUUGCGGACGUGGAGGGUCUUCUCGAGGACGAAGAGGAAGAAUCCAAAGCCGGCACGCGCAGAACGCUCAUCCCUAUUGAAUACGACGCCUCGACGACUGCGGGAAUGUCAGAAGAAGAGCGCGCCCAAGCAGCUCGCCAGCUCGCCGCGGACAUCCCCAAUGAUAAAGAAGGGCUAUGGGCGUGGGAUAUCAAGUGGGAGUUUGUGGAUGAAAGUAUCAUUGAGGAGCGAUUGAAGCCAUUUGUGGAGAAGAAGAUCGUGGAGUACCUCGGUGUGCAGGAGCAAAUGCUCGUGGAUGUGGUCGUCAAUGCUCUCACAUCCAGGGGCAAACCGCAGGAUCUGGUAGGAGAACUGGAAGGGGCCCUGGAUGAAGAAGCCGAAGUUCUUGUCCGCAAACUCUGGCGGAUGCUCAUUUUCUUCUCCGAGUCCGAGAAGAGGGGUCUUGCGGCUUAGUUCGACGCAGACGCGGAUGAAUCAGAUGCCCAAGGCCCUCGUCUCGGUCGGCAACAUAAAGUUCGACCGCACGUACCAGUCAGAGACCCGUUUCGCAAAGCGCUUUAGCAGUUCAGUACUGCGGGAGGGGUACCAGUCGGCCUCCAUAUGCCAAUGCUCGGACCCGGGAGACCAACAGUGCAGCAUACCUGCGUCAGCGCCAAUAUGAGACACAAGUUGUAUCUAAGCGACCCCUGCUCUCAGUAUGGAAGCAGGACGGGCGAGGCCGCUGGUCUUGAGGCCGAGGACGAUGGAAAUAUCAUUACUCGGUAGACGAGCCAUCCCAGUCGCCCGUAUGAAUCAAUGUGGCUGGUGGUCCCGACCGCAAAGAAGAUCUGGGAACCAUUAUUCUUGCCAGGUCAAGCUGUACUACUAGGUAUAUCAAUAUGAUCAUAUGUGUUUCAAUGCCAGCCAAGUGCUCAAGAAGCGGGAACUCGAGGUCUUCUGGCCUUUUC